AUGGCGGAGGAACCGUCUACCAAGCGUCACCAUGGCGAGACGUCGAACAAGAGCAGCAACCUCGUCGACAUUCACGUCCCCGGCGAGAAGCGUGAGUACACCAGAAUGCUCAAAGGGGUUGAGCUCCACGGCAAGGAGACGCCAGAGAUCGUCUGCACCAGCAUACCAUACAAGGCCGACGAGGCGAUGAGAAGGCUCAGGAUGAAGGGCGGCGGCUUGUAUCCGAGCUUCAUCGGAGUUGAUGUGGAGUACACCAACCAAGAAGAACCUCCAUAG